AGCCGGCUCCGCGGCAGGGCUGGGCGAUGCCGGAGCGCGAGGCGCCGCGUCCGCUGCUUGCACCUGCCCGGGCCAGGUAUGACUGACUCUUUUCGGCUCUCAGGUGGAGCUGCUCCUAUGAAGUGUCAUCAUCUCCCCACACUUGCGCUUUCAAAGCCUGGCCCAAGGCUCCCACCGCUGUCCCUGUAGUCCUUGUUGUCUGACCUGCUGGGACUGACCAGGAAUGGCGCUCCACCGAAGCCAGAAGUUGAACCUGCUGCGCCUCGUGGUGCUCCUGACCGUAGCCCUGGCUGGCAUCAAGUUUUUCUUCCGCGACAGUUUCACGCUGGACCAGCGCAAGGAAUCCAGCCGGGAGAGCAGCUUCUGGGGCAGGGCUGAUGACCUCAAGCAGUCAUCCAAGGGUCAGGACCAAUCCUUGGACCUCCCGGAUGUCCAGGUGGCAGCCGCUGCUUCCAGGCAGGAGUCGAGGAAGCAGCGGCUCCAGGAUUUCAGCUCAACGCAGAUGCGGCUCGUUCACUUGGACCUCAAGGGGGCGGCCCCCAAAGUGUCCUACCUGGAGCAGGUCUUCCCGCUUUUCUCCAAGCUGGGUGCAAAUGGGGUCUUGAUUGAGUACGAAGACAUGUUUCCGUUCAAGGGAGAGCUGGAAAUCCUCAAAUCCCCGUAUGCUUACAGCGAAGAAGACAUCGAUAAAAUCCAGGCACUGGCUUCGCUUAACAAGCUGGAGGUGAUCCCGUUGGUGCAAACCUUCGGACACGUGGAGUUCAUCCUGAAGCAUGAGAAGUACCGUCACUUGCGGGAGGUGGAGCGCUUCCCCAACAGCUUCAACCCCCACGUCCCGGAGACCCUGGCCCUCUUGAAGGCUGUGCUCAUCCAAGUCUUGAAUAAGCACCGGCGCUCCAGCUGGGUGCACAUCGGGGCUGACGAGGUCUUCCACUUAGGGGAGGGGAUGGAUUCAAAGAACUGGAUGAGCCGCAACGCCGGGGACAUUGGCAAGAUGUACCUGAACCACAUCCGAGAGGUGGUGAGCUUCAUCGCCAGCCAGGCCUGGGGGCUGCAGGUGCUCCUCUGGGACGACAUGCUGCGAAAGGUCAGCGUGGCGGCCAUCCAAGACUCCGGCAUUGCCAAACAUGCUUCUCCCAUGCUGUGGUUUUAUGCCCCAGACUUUGAUACGCAACAAAUAGGGAAAUACGUGACCAAAUACGCCGAGUGCGGCUUCAAAACCAUCUGGUUUGCGAGCGCCUUCAAAGGCACCACCGGCCCUGCCCAGGCCUGGACCCCCUUGAACAGCCACCUGCAGAACCACCUCAGGUGGCUGAAGGUCAUCCAGUCCAUGCCCAAGACGCCCUCCAUCCACUUCCAGGGCAUUGUGCUCACUGGCUGGCAAAGGUACGAUCACUAUUCCGCCCUGUGUGAGCUGCUGCCCGUCGGGAUCCCAUCCCUGGCCGUGUGUCUGCAGACGUUGGUGAAUGGCGGAUUCACGGAAGCCACAAAGAAGAAGGUGGUAGCCCUGCUUGGAUUCCAGAAUAUGCAGCUGGAGAAGAGCACGUGCGAUGGAAAUGGUGCCUUUCCCGGCUCAGAUAUCUACCGUAUGGUUGAACAAGUCAACGGCCAACUGAGAGACUCCGUCAUCAAAGUGCUGGAAGAGGAGAGCUCCAUCAAGGGCUGGUUCAGCCCCUACCAUCGGAAGCACCAGUUUGGCAACCCACGCAACAUGGAGAGCUUCGGCAGCAAAGUCCUCAAGGUGCACGAGGACUGGGAGAGUGUCAUCCAGACCCUCCGCUCGCACAUGGAGGGCAUCUACUUCCCUGACACAGUGGAGGAGUGGAUGGAGGAAAAUGUCAACCCCCACAUGGACCGGUUGCGCGAGUUUGUCCGGGACUUCAAGGAAAUCAUCCGCCUCAACGCCCGGCCCAAGGCCCUCUAGGCGCCGGAGCCCUGCCCGCAAGGUGGCCGUCCAAGCGCAGGGACCUGUCUGGGCUGGCCUUCUGUCGUGUGUUUUUUUAAUGUGGGAGGAACGGGGUGUGUGGGGCCGCCCUUAGCAAGCCAGAAGGUUUAGCGACGGAGUUUUUUCCCUGGCGCUGCAGAGCUGGGAAGGCCAAGCCCGGCUUCCAGGCUGCAGGGCGAACCUCCGGCAGGCCGGGCCUGGCUUCGAAAUGCUCAGCGAGCCAAGCCAGGAGGGGCCCUGGGCCGAAAUCUGCCACCACCACCACCACUAUUUGCCAUCCCAUUUGGAAGGGCGUGGGU